AUGUACUGGCCUAAUGGGGUCCCCCGGGUCUACGCGGUCAAUGGCCCAGACAUCGCCCAUGUCUCCUCAGAUGGACGUCUCAAGGAUACCAGCCUGAACGCGGAAUGCAGAAGCUCGAUAGAUAACAGAGACGAUACUGAGGACACGCAAUCUUCAAAUUUUGAGCGCAAUGAACUCAAGCCGUCGGUCAACUCGGAGACCCCCAGAUGGGAGCAAGAACCGGUCAAUGGAAUCUGCGUCUCUCGCUCAGGACAUAUGUUUGCGACAAUAACGGAGUCUUCUAUAUCACUAUGGCAAACAAGGACUCGACAAUAUUGGUUGUACAAACAUCCGGGGGGCUAUCUCCUGACUUACUCGGUAGCGUCCGACCCAGCAACACAUGUCUACCAGCAACGUUUCGAUCACUCUACACAUCCGCGCCGCCAACAAUUAGCACAUUUUGCCGCCGUCGAAGAGUCAAAUGUUGUCGGCGAUAUAAGUAUCAGGUUCCGAAUGGCAAUCAAGAUCGAGUCAGGGAUUGUCAAGGCGCUGGCCUUGGAUCGGGAGCUUGUCGUUGCUACUAUGAAGCCGCCUGCUAUCCAGUGUAUUCGUUGGGCCCCGGAUUCCAGUGGAACGCAAACUACUUCGGAACUACUGAGUCGCAUUCUGGAUAUACCAAGAAAGGUUGCGGUGGCGGAUAUGGUCUAUGACCGUGCUAUGAACCUUCUCAUUUGGCUCACGAGUCAUGGUCAGGCUUAUGCUGUGCAACGAGCUCACGAUGUUCAAGAGGAUCUGGAUGCACCUAAGAAACUGUUCCACGGGCAUUGCUUUCACAACCCCAAGGAGGAUGGCGAAAGGGCCGUGAAGGUGGCCGUCAAUGCUCGAUUCUCCUUGUUAACUGUGUUCUGUGCAAAUGGCGAGAUCUGGGUGUACACUGCCAAAGACUAUAUGGGAAAUGUGCCGCUAUCCCAGAAGCUGCAGCUCCCAGCUUCCCCCACUACUACCGGGGCCUUGACUUUCAUGAGCUAUUCACCAGACGGAUAUUGUCUUUUCGCAGGCUAUGAGAAUGGCUGGACAACAUGGAGUGUCUUUGGAAAACCCGGUGGUAACAGCUUCACAGUUGAUCCUACUUUGGCAGAGUCAAAUGGUGAAGAUUGGCUGACAGGCGUUUCGAGCGGCUGCUGGAUCGGCGGUGGAUCCGACAUUAUUCUGUCACGACAGAACGACCGACGACUCUGGAUUUUGGAAACUGCUCGCAGUGCACUGACCGGCUGCUUCUCUGCGGCUAAUCUCGCCCAAGGAUUGCUUCAGACCGGUACCGAGUUUAUCCUCUACCGCGGGCAUGAUCUUCCAGAGCUCAUGACCAUCUCUGGCAAGGACUCGCUGUGGCAUCAUGCGCAAUACCCCCCGGCAUACCUUCAUUCCCAAUGGCCGAUCAGAUCGUGCGUUGUGUCCCAGGAUGGAAGUGGUCGAUGGAAGGUGUUCGAAGACUCCAAAGUCGAGAACUCUUUUGCGGUUCGAGGUGGAAUGUGCUGGUACGGACAUAUUUUAAUUGCUGCCGUCGAAAGUGAUGGAUCUUAUGAGGUGCGUCUCUACUCGCGCGAGGCAGCCUUGAACAACAACUCGAUCAUGUUCAUCGAGUAUCUUCCAGCACCUGUGGUGUUCAUUGGGCCCUCUGGGGAGGAUUCUCUCCUGGUUUAUACAUACGACAACAUCCUAUAUCACUACGUGAUCAAUUCUACACAGCCUCAAAUCACUCUCGUGCCUGUUGGUCAAAUUGCCUUCAAUGGCAUUGUCCGGGCACCGACUCGAGUAAGGGCGAUCAGUUGGGUUCUGCCCGAGGAACAAAUGCGCAACGGUGACCCGUCUCAAGAUGUCAAGGUCGCAUCUGUGCUUCUCCUUGUUGAUGGAAACCUCGUUCUGCUACAGCCAACAGUGUCGGACGCGGGCGAUCUCAAAUAUGAUAUGCGUGUUAUUUCACAAGACGUGGAAUACUAUAUCUUGAUGCGUGAUCAAGGUUCCUUCAACUUUUCUCCGUCAGUCGACGAAUCUCUUCCAGCAAGCCCAUCUGCAGAGAUGACGCUUGGUCCGUCUCAUAGCAGUCUUUCCCUUCGAGACUCUUUGUGGACGUUUCGGGGCAAGGACUUACUGGCAUGGAACGACGUCCAAGAUGUUUUGCAACAAGAAACGGGCAUCGUUCUGGGCGUGGAAUCCGAAAUGACACAACGACGAGAUGUAACAUUUACCAGUCUCAAGUUUGCUAUCAGAACACAUCUCUUCCUCCCGUACUUCCUCCAAUACAGCCUCACAAACCUCGGCACUCCGGCUGCCUUAUCUCUCUGCCGUCAUUUCUCCCACCUCUCUUACUUCGCCCAUGGCCUUGAAAUCCUCCUACAUCACGUCCUCGAUGAAGAAGUCGACAACCCAACCCGCGCCAAUACAUCCACCGACCCAAACGUCCAUGAAGGUCCUCUUCUUCCAACAGUCAUCUCUUUCCUUCAAGCAACCCUCCCAACCCGCGAAUAUCUCGACAUCGUCGUUCAAUGCACUCGCAAAACCGAGCUCCGCUUCUGGCGCACCCUGUUCACCUACCUCCCGCCGCCAAAAGACCUCUUCGAACAAGCCCUCCGCCUCGACGCCCUCAAAACAGCAGUUGGAUACCUCCUCGUCCUCCAGGCUUUCGAAGACGAGGAACAGGGCCACGACGGCCGAAUUGAGGAAUACGUCGUUAGACUGAUAGGUCUUGCGUCGCAAAAGAGUGAUUGGGAACUCUGUGCCGAGCUGGCUAGGUUCUUAAUUGCCCUUGAUGCAUCGGGUGAGAUGCUUCAGAGAGCCAUUGGGCGUGUGGGGUUGCGCCAUCGUCCAAGUAUGAAUAGUGCUGGCUCAGGGUUGCCGUCUAGGACUGGCUCGGCAGCUAGUGUCAAGGGACUUGGCCUAAGUUUGCCUGUAAGGACGCCUUCUUGGUCAUCUUUGUCGCCUACAGGGUCUGUUUCGAGACAAAGUCUGCGUGAUGGGGAAGUUUCGGAUGAUUAUCCCCGUUCUGUGGACAGUCGAGAUGGGUAA